CUCAUAGCUACGUCCACACAACCAACCCGUCUGCCCGCUUACCACGACUCGUAGUCUCCCUCCACCCUUUUUCUCUACCCUUGCCCAGCAUUUACGAUUACCCUCUCAAUCUCCGCCAGCUCAACAACCCUGCGCCACAAUGUCGAGCGCGCAUGUGCUGAAGGCCGACAAGGACUUCACGAAAGAGGUCGAUAAGGUUCUUCCGGAGGCGGAGAAGCUUGGAGCCAGCAAUCCCCAAGCGGCGAUCGAGAAACUGCUUGUGCUCGAGAAGCAAACCCGCCAGGCUUCCGAUCUCGCAUCUACCUCCCGAAUCCUCGUCGCGAUAUGCACAAUAGCUAAGAAUGCCGGAGACUGGAGUCUGCUGAACGAGCAGGUCCUGCUGCUCUCAAAGAAGCAUGGACAGCUCAAGCAGGCCGUCACCAAGAUGGUGCAGACAGUCAUGGGGUUUUUGGAUGAUACGCCGAUCCUAGAGACGAAGCUCUCGGUCAUCGAGGCCCUGCGAACCGUCACCGAGGGCAAGAUCUUCGUCGAAGUCGAGCGAGCGCGAAUCACACGGAUAUUGUCUAAUAUCAAGAAGGAGCAGGGUGACAUCAACGCCGCGGCCAACAUCCUAUGCGAGCUGCAGGUGGAGACAUUCGGCUCCAUGACCCGCCGGGAAAAGACAGAGUUCAUCCUACAACAAGUGGCGCUGUGCAUACAGAAGGGCGACUGGACACAAGCUGGUAUCCUCAGCAGGAAGAUUAGCAAGCGCUAUUUCACACGGAAGCCGAAGAAGACACCCGAGCAGUUGGAGAAGGAGAAGAAGGAGCGGGAAGAGAAGGAAAAGACGCGGAGUGCCGACGAGCCGCCACCGGAGCCGGAAGACGAUGUCACUGAUCUAAAGCUCCGGUAUUACGAGCAACAGAUUACGCUAGCCAAGCACGAUGACAAGUAUCUCGAUGCCUGCAAGCACUACCGGCAGGUGCUAGACACGGAGGCAGUCGAGGAGGAUCCGAGGAAACUGAAAGCGGUGCUGCAGCGCGUCAUCUACUUCAUUAUCCUUGCGCCGUACGACAACGAACAAUCCGACCUCAUCCACCGCAUCCAGCGCGACUCCCGAAACUCGAUGAUUUCACAAGAUGCGCAGUUGCUCAAGCUAUUCACCGUGCCGGAGCUCAUGAGGUGGCCUAUGGUAGCCAGGCAGUUCGGCCCUCACUUGGCGGGGACGGGCGUGUUCGACGCGGAGCCGGACGAUUCAGACGACCCGAAGGCACACAAGAGGUGGCAGGACUUGCGCAAGCGAGUUAUCGAGCACAAUGUCCGUGUGGUUGCGAAGUACUACACGCGCAUCCAGAUCCCGCGGUUGACGGAGCUAUUGGAUCUGACGGAGGACGAGACUGAGAAGUACAUCAGCGAGCUCGUCACGGCGAAGACGAUCUACGCCAAAAUCGACAGGCCCGCUCGCAUUGUCAGCUUCGCGAAGCCUAGAGAUGCUGACGACGCACUGAACGAGUGGAGCGGAAACAUGAAGAGCUUGCUCGGGCUUCUGGAGCGCAUCGAUCACCUCAUCACCAAGGAAGAGAUGAUGGCGCGCAUUCAGCCUAGGAAGGUUGGGAAAGGCAAGGGAGGGAAAGCUAAAGCGAAGUGAGGGAGGAAAAUAGCUGGCUGGGACGUCGGAGUAUUCAUGAUUGGUCUAGACAUGGUUGAGCCUCUAUAAUGCUGGCUCCGCGCAUACCGAGCGCAUGUAAUAUAGACGUCCGAAUAUGCCUGCCUGCGCCGUGUGGUCUAUCCUCUAUGUCCAACGCCACGCUGCCCGAAAUGCAUACAAUAUGAUAAUUCAAAAUGGAACGU